CCGAGUUAACAUGGCGGCGCCGGUGGCUGCAGCCGGGCGGGCCAUUCGCAGGACGCCCCCGUGGCGGGGCCCCAGCCGCCGGCCGCUCUCCUCCGCAUCCCCUCCACCCCGGGCCGCAGCCGUGCGGGCCGCCUUCCUGAGCUUCUUUCGGGACCGCCACGGCCACCGACUAGUGCCGUCCGCUUCCGUGCGGCCCCGCGGGGACCCCAGCUUGCUUUUCGUCAACGCGGGCAUGAACCAGUUCAAGCCAAUCUUCCUGGGCACGGUGGAUCCACGAAGCGAGAUGGCAGGCUUCCGACGUGUGGCCAACAGCCAGAAAUGUGUGAGGGCUGGAGGGCGCCACAGUGACCUGGAGGAUGUGGGCCGAGACCUUUCCCAUCAUACCUUCUUUGAGAUGCUUGGCAAUUGGGCCUUUGGGGGUGAAUAUUUUAAGGAGGAGGCCUGCAGCAUGGCCUGGGAGCUGCUGACUCAGGUCUGUGGGAUCCCUGAGGAGAGGCUCUGGGUCUCCUACUUUAGUGGUGACCCCAAGGUGGGGCUGGACCCAGACCUGGAGAGCAGGGACAUCUGGCUCAGAUUAGGGGUGCCCGCCAGCCGUGUGCUUUCCUUUGGACCACAGGAGAACUUCUGGGAGAUGGGGGAUACUGGCCCUUGUGGACCCUGUACUGAGAUCCACUAUGACCUGGCUGGUGGAGUGGGAACUCCCGAGCUGGUGGAGCUUUGGAAUCUGGUCUUCAUGCAACACAACAGAGAGGCAGAUGGAAGCCUGCAGCCCCUGCCCCAGCGGCAUGUGGACACAGGAAUGGGCCUGGAAAGGCUAGUGGCUGUGCUGCAAGGCAGACGCUCCACCUACGACACUGACCUCUUUUCCCCGCUGCUCAGCGCCAUACACCAGGGUUGCGGGGCACCCCCUUACUUGGGUCGAGUAGGGGCAGCAGACGAGGGGCGCACAGACACGGCGUACCGCGUGGUGGCUGAUCACAUCCGCACACUCAGUGUCUGCAUCGCCGAUGGCGUCUCCCCUGGAAUGUCAGGUGCCCCGCUGGUUCUUCGUCGGAUCCUCCGUCGAGCCGUGCGGUUCUCCUCGGAGGUGUUGCGAGCACCACCUGGCUUCCUAGGCAGCCUGGUGCCAGUAGUGGUGGAGACGCUGGGAGACGCUUAUCCAGAACUGCAGAAGAACUCAGCCCAGGCCUUCCGUGCCUCCGUUCAGAUAGCCAGCCUGGUGUCGGAGGACGAGGCGGCCUUCCUGGCCUCCCUGCAGCGUGGCCGGCGGAUCAUCGACAGGACCGUGAGGCGCCUGGGGCCAUCCGAUGUGUUCCCUGCCGAAGUGGCCUGGUCCUUGUCACUGUCUGGAAACCUGGGGCUCCCCCUGGACCUGGUAGAGCUGAUGCUGGAGGAGAAAGGGGUGCAGCUGGACUCCGCCGGGCUGGCGCAGCUGGCCCAAGAGGAGGCUCAGCGCCGGGCCCAGCAGGCUGAGCCAAUCCAGGAGCAGGGACUGCAGCUCGAUGUCCAUGCGCUGGGGGAGCUGCAGCGCCGAGGGGUGCCCCCAACCGACGACAGCCCCAAGUACAGCUACUCCCUGCAGCCCGGCGGGGGUUAUGAGUUCGGUACUUGUGAGGCCCAGGUGCUCCAGCUGUAUACAGAGGAUGGAAGAGCUGUGGCAUCUGUGGGGGAAGGGCAGCGCUGUGGCCUCCUCUUGGACAGAACCAACUUCUAUGCGGAACAGGGAGGUCAGGCUUCAGACAGAGGCUACCUGGUGCGGGUGGAGCAGCAGGAUGUGCUGUUCCCAGUGGCCCGGGCCCAGGUCUGUGGGGGCUUCAUCCUGCAUGAAGCAGUGGCCCCUGAGUGCCUAAAGGUGGGGGACCAGGUGCAGCUGCACGUGGAUAAGGCCUGGCGUCUGAGCUGCAUGGAGAAGCACACAGCCAUCCACCUGCUGAACUGGGCCCUGCGGCAGGCCCUGGGCCCUGGCACAGAGCAGCGCGGCUCGCAUCUCAAUCCUGAGCACCUGCGCCUCGACGUGGCCACCCAGGCCCCACUGACCCCAGAGCAGCUCCAGGCAGUGGAGGGCAUUGUGCAGGAGGCCGUAGGACAAGAUGAGGCUGUGUACAUGGAGGAGGUGGCCCUGGCAUGCACUGCCCACGUCCCCGGCCUGCGUUCUCUGGAUGAGAUAUACCCAGAUCCUGUGCGGGUGGUGUCCGUGGGGGUGCCUGUGGCCCAGGCAUUGGACCCCGCCUCCCAGGCUGCCCUGCAGACCUCCGUGGAGCUAUGCUGUGGGACGCACCUGCUACGCACAGGGGCUGUAGGGGACCUGGUCAUCGUUGGGGAGCGCCAGCUCACCAAGGGCACCACCCGCCUGCUGGCCAUCACUGGGGAGCAGGCCCAGCAGGCCCGAGAGGUGGGCCAGAGCCUGGCCCAGGAGGUAGAAGCAGCCGCGGAGCGGCUGAGUCGGGGCAGCCGGGAUGUGGUGGAGGCACAGCGGCUAUCCAAGGACAUGGGACGACUCACUGAUGCUGUAGACACUGCCAUGAUGCCUCAGUGGCAGCGGCGGCAGCUUCAGGCCACUCUGAAGGUGCUGCAGCGGCGUGCCAACACUGCCAUCCGAAAGCUGGAAGUGGGGCAGGCUGCACAGAAAACCCAGGAGCUGCUGCGGCGGCACUCAGAGGGGCCCCUGAUUGUGGACACGGUUUCCACUGAGUCCCUCUCAGUGCUGGUGAAGGUGGUCCGGCAGCUGUGUGAGCAGGUGCCCAGCACAUCCGUGCUUCUACUCAGCCCCCAGCCCCAGGGGCAUGUGCUGUGUGCCUGUCAGGUGGCCCAGAGUGUCUCGCCAGCCUUCACAGCAGAGGCCUGGGCGCUGGCCGUGUGCAGCCACAUGGGGGGCAAGGCCUGGGGCUCUCGAGUGGUGGCCCAGGGCACCGGAAGCACUGCGGACCUGGAAGCUGCCCUCAGUACAGCCCGAGCCUAUGCCCUCAACCAGCUCUGAGCCAGGCUCCCCCAGGGACUCACACAGACCAAAGAGACAGCACACAGCCCAGUACCAGGAGCCUGAAGGAGCCAGCAGAACCUCCCUAGAGGCUGAAGCAGAGGACUAGAGGCUUGAGGUCAAGCAGCUGAGCUGAAGAGGGCCACCCUGGGCUGGGCCCUGCGUGGACACAAGGAGAUGUGGACUGGGAAAGGCAGAAGUGGGCCAGGAGACACCCCCCACUAGGUGAAUGUGAAGACAUGCCUCUGAUUGCUCAUUAAAAAGUAUUUCA